AUGAAGGUCAGUAUGGACAGUCUAACAUUGGGUGUUAACAAGACAUUAGGUGUUAACAAGACGUUGGGUGUUAACAAGAAGUUGGGUCUGAAACUGUUGACUGGUGCUGGUAAAAACAGCGGCAACACGCUUCGUAAACUGGCGAUCUACAGGCUCGUUAGCUUGAAAGACUUGACCUUUCUUCCACAAUUUCGAAGCGCCAUCUCUGGCUUCAGCAAGUUGUCAGAACUUGACCUCAGCUACGGCUAUUUGGAAGAUGACCUGCUGCUUAGCUUAGCCAGGACAACAAGUAGUCUGAAGGUGAUCACAGUUCGUGUAGACAAGCCCCUAAAUUUCGAGACUAGCACCACCCCUACAGCGUGGGAGAACCUUACAGCGGCAUGCCCUGAGCUCCGAGUCAUAUUUUUCAUCAAACCAAAAACUGAGUCGUACUUCCAAGACACGACAUUGAUGCUAACACCAUCCAUGCCGCUCUAUCAAGUCCAGUGGACAUCUGGCAGUGUCAUCGCUAUAGAGAACAUAGUGAAGUUCUUUCAACAUAUGGGACAAAACUUUCAGGAAACUUUACAUCAUCUUUAUCUAGAAACUGAUGUUCGUCUAGACAUGGAAUGCAUUGAUGCGAUGUUCAAAAGUUUACAGCCGUGCACAAAUCUGGACAGCCUGUCGCUAUCUUUGGACUGUGAAAUGAGUGAUGACAAGGAGAUGUACACGACAGCCAUCAGAGAUGUCAUGACGCGAUGUCCGAUGUCAUGUGAUGUCACACUGAACGGUCGAGCAGUCAAACAGUUGUCAACAGUUCUAGAACAAUAGCAUGGAGAUCAACAGUUCUAGAACCAUAGCAUGGAGAGUACAUCCAAUUUAAAAACGUGAGACUCGUUAUGAGAUAAUUACGUGAAAACUGAGCGAAUCAUCCAGAAGAAGAUUGUGAUAAAA